UUUAACAAUUUUAGAAUAAGGCUAUAAGGUAGCAAUGUGGAAAAAGUCAAGGGCUCUGAAUACUUUCUGAAAGCACUGUAUAUUGAGGAUAUGUAUUUAUUCGUCCAGUAGCACAGUUUACAUGCAUAUUAUAUUCUGACAAAUGUAACAAGUUAUUUUAAGACACAGUGGCCGUGAAAGGGGGUGUUGGGAUAUGCAAAAAAAACAGCAGCGGGAUAUGAGAAUGUAAAACCCAGCAGCAUUGUAAUUCUUGACACAAACCGGUCUGCCUGGCACCUACUAACAUACCUCUUUCUAAGGCACUUAAAUAUGUUGUCUUGCCAAUUCACCCUCUGAAUGGCACACAUACAUAAUCCAUGUCUCAAUUGUCUGAAGUCUUAAAAAUCCUUCUUUAACCUGUCUCCUCCCCUUCAUCUACACUGAUUGAAGUGGAUUUAACAAGUGACAUCAAUAAGGGAUCAUAGAUUUCACCUUGAUUCACCUGGUCAGUCUGUGUCAUGGAAAUAGCAAGUGUCCUUAAUGUUUUGUACACUAUAGGACAAAUGUAAGCACCCACCAAAUUAUUCUUAUUAUAUAGAAAGCAUUUUGUCCAGAUGUCCCCCCCGGUUAAUAAAGGAAUUUGCAGAGGAUCUAGCUAGUUUCAGUUUAGUUUCAAGUUUUAUUAUUCGUAUGUAAAGAACACGUAGUAUACAAAGUCCAACAAAAUGCUUACUUGCAGGUUCCUUCUCAACAAUGCAAAACAAUAAAAAUAAUAAAAGAUAAGAACAUAAAGUAAAUGGCAUUUCAGCAUAAGCAUAAUAUAUGAAGGCCCAAUUUAUAGUCCAGUAUAUACACAUGUAUCAGGGAGGAUUGGGGGGGGGCAAUCUCUGGUGGUCACACACUUAGUAAACACCUAUUGGGUUAUGUACUUUCAGUGUGGUCCCCAGUCCUGCAAAGAAAAGUGACUGGAGACCAAUCUCUCCCCCAUCCUGUCUGGGCAAAUUCCAGGAAAGGUUCAUUGUGAAGAGCUUCUACCUAGUUGCUCUUCAGGAAUGCAAAAGCCAGUAUGCAUACUUGGCUAAACACAACACAACAAAUGUGCUGGUCAGAGUCACACACACCUGGCUUACAGAGACAGACUUAAAGCAAUCCACGGUGGUUCAGGUUCUGCUGGUGGAUAUGUCAAAAGCUUUUGAUCGUGUCGACCAUGCUAAACUCCUCCAGCAUCUGACCAGUCUGGGUCUGUGUCCAAGGCUACUCACCUGGCUUCACAGCUACACAACAGGGAGAACACAGAGGGGGAUGGCAAAUGGAAUGUACAGCUCAUGGACAGAGGUAACAUCUGGGGUCCCACAGGGUGGGGUUGUCUCGCCUUACCUCUUUCUGCUCCACAUGUGCACUCGGAGAGUCAUCUUUGAUUUGUCCUGUUCUUUAAGGCUAGAAAACAUUGAAAAUGACACGUCAAUGGAAGAGGAGGUGAAGUAACUGGAUGAAUGGGCGGCAGACAACAACAUACUUCUGUCCAACUAAGAAUUUGUUUCUCUAGAAAUCCUCCCCAGCAGGCUGCAAUGAUCCUGGGUAGACAGGCUGUUCCAGUUGGAACAAAAUACCUUGGCUUCCACUUGGACAACCAACUCAGUGGUAACCAACAUAUUGACCAGGCAGUGAAAAGGGCUUCAAAGCAUCUACCCUUCCUGACUGUGAUGGCAAGAAACAUUCUUCCCACUGAGGACCUUGUGGAAAUCUACACCACACUGAUCCCACCAUGCCUUGAGUAUGCCAGUGUGUUGCGGGUGGGCUGCACAAAGAAGCAGAAAGCUGCACUGGACAGGGUACAGCAAAGGACAAGCAAGAUGAUAACAAAAAAAUAGAGACAUCCCACUGACUCUUCACCCUGUUGCAGGAGAACUUUCUUGUAAUGCAUGAAAUGUAAAACUUCUAGUGUAUUUGAGGUUUAAAAGGGCUUCUGAAGUUUGUAAUUCCCACUUUGAAAUUUCAGACUUGAUUUUCCCUUACGAAAAAUGUAUCAAUCCCUACAAAUAUGUCCAUGAAUUAUAAUACACACAAUACUUCAAAUUUCCUGUUGCUUGCUGCAAGAUUUUUCCUACAGCAGGAAUCCUACACCCUAAGAUCCUACAUCUCUACAUAAUCUCCUACCACAGAGAAGGGGAGACAGUACUUGCAGAGUCCUCCGAAACCAGAACUAAUUAUCCAGCAUCAACGCAAGAACAAAUAGGCUGAAAGAUUCUGCUUGGUCUUCACUGUACGUUUGUAACUCAUCUUGCAAUUGACAGGCGGUUAAAUAAAUAAGCAAUACAACUAGAAUAACAAUCUUGAAGGGUUGCUUAUGUAUAUGAAGGCAGCAGGGAGGUUGGGUUGUGGCUAGAGUUACAGCAGCUUGCUGAACCAUUGGUCUGGAGCGGAGAGUUCUGCUGACCCAUCACAGUAUCCCAUUAAAACCCUCAUAACAUUUCAGUUGCCUGUCACAGUCCCAAAUGUGUGUACUGCUCGAUCGCCAGCUCUCUUUAACAGGUGAGAACCUCUCACCUGUCUAUCCUGACUCUUUAUCUGCUCCCUGUUUUCAGCUUGGUUAAGCAUCACAGGAUUUCAGCAACUCCACUGGCUUUACUGUUCUGGAUUAGCACUCCACCUUCGGUUUGGAAACCUUGCAAUCAGCUGCACACGUGAGAUCAGACCAGGUGUCUCUCUGUGUGCAAAAGUACUGUUUAAAUUGGUUUAGAUAAAGCUUUGAUGAUAAAGAAACUAGUGAUAAACCUUUAAUGUUGAGGAGGGAUAUAGUCCUGUCAAAACACCCAUAUUAUAGAGCAUUGUACAACGGUUGGGUCUAAUCCUGAAUGCUGAUGGGUUAAAAGCGCAAACACCGGCUUCUCGAGCAUUAUCACUUAUUUAACAACUUUGCUCACUUGUCAUAAAAUUAAUCUCACAAGAAAUAACAAUGUGCAGGGAAAACAUGUUUAUCUUGUUUAAUAGGUUGGUUUGAGUUCAAUUUUUGUCUGGAAUGUAGUGUUAAAUAUAUCUAAUUUUGUAACUGACGUGACCGAAUCAGACUUGGCAAAUUCUGGCGAACAUCGCUGUUCAAUGAGGUGUAGCCAAUUCUUGGGAACAUUGCCAGCUACUUGAUAUUUUGAAACCAGACUCCUACAUGAGAAAUUCACUUAGAAAGCUAUACCCGUCAGUCUCCUUUGACGUCAGUGGACAUACAUCUAAUUCGAUUUUGUCAGUUGUCAUGUAUUUAUGUCAUGUGCAUCAUGCCAAAGUACAUUUGGUUUUGUUUACAAAUUUAAGGAUUUUUUGUAAGUUUAUAAUUACUAGCAUUUCCAUUUUGAUUGUUGUUGGAUCUUUAAAGAUUAGUUUGAAAUCGUUUUAAUUUGGAAUGCGAAUAUGUCUUGGGUCGUCACAUACAUCACAGUUAAUCACCUCUGUCCUUCAAGACCACAUCCUCAGUCACUGGCAGAUGCUUACAAAUAUUGUAAAGUACAUGUAGCAUGCUUCAUCAUUUUGUCCAAUCAUUUUUUUUUAGGGGGCGAAGGCUGCGUGGUUGUAAAUCUAUUGAUUAUUCUGUAUGUUGGGGGUGAAGCUCCUUCAAAUCGUCCUUGGCUGUCUCAGUGGUGUCCUGUGCUACAGUACGGUUUGAAGGCACAUGAGAAAGUGUUAGGUUAUAAUUGACCUGCUGAUGACAACUGACAGUAUCAGAAGAGAAUCCCAAGAAGACAGCUGGCUCCUUCCUUAGACACAAUUUUAGAAAUUAGCUCCUUUCCCUGAACACAGCAGGGAAAUAACUAUCCUAACCAUCUUGAGUGAAACUGGCGUCAGUGUGCUGCUAACAGUGCCGACCCUGUCCCCUUGCUGGGCUUGAGCUAGUGGUCCUCUGGUCGCAAACACACGUGACCGCCAAACCAGUUGUGCUGUAGAAAAGGAUCCAAUUCGAUGGCGCCAUUGGCGCCAUUUCAAGCUAGCUGUGGAGUGUGCUUACGGUACAUUCUUAAUUGUUACAUGAGGAAGCACAAUGUUACCUCUCAUUCAUCGAAGUCAAUUCUGUUUGGUAAAGUAUUGCUAUUGGUAUUCAAAUGCUAUUCAAAUGAAAAGAAAGUUGUCAAGAGUGCAUAAAUAUUUGCAAGUGUAUUGUAUAUUCUCUGUGUUGAGUUUAUUACAUUGUUCUAUUGUCGUUUCUUUCCAAAGGGGUCUGAAGCAAACAAGAGGCCAAGAUGUCUGAGAAAAAAAUGGCAUCGAGUCGCAAGCAUCAUCUGAAGAGCUUGAUGUUCCAGAUUGCUAAGGGCUUGCCAGAUGCAGAGGCCAUAGAGGCAGUGGAAGAGAAUUUUUUUUACAUGGAUGAGAUCUGCGCUGCAUUGGACAUGCCUGGGUCAUUGGUCAUGCCUGGGUCAUUGGACAUGCCUGGGUCAUUGGCGGAACUUGCAUGCAUGAAGAAGCCAGCUCUGAAGAAAGUACAUAUGUCUGCUGAUGCUAUGCUCCAGGCUCUGCUGGGCUCCAAGCACAAGGUGUCUAUGGAUUUUAGAGCCAACCUGAAAGAAGUGAAGAAGGAAGUCAAAGAGGAGGUGGGUAUUUGUGUGGAAACCUACAAAGCAGAGAAUUGGUAUAAUACUAUGGAAGGAUAUCAGUGCAUACCCAUGGGAAGAUGUAAGAUGUUUUGAGUUGGGGGGGUCACCUUUAUAAUAAAGCUUUGCCUGUCUCUAUCAUCGAAUUUCGUAUAGUGGCGCAGAAGACAGAAGCAGAAAACAUUCUAUGAUUUAGCAAAAUGCAUUUCAUGCAAUUCUAUAUAAUUUUACAUGAAGGGAGACAUUUGCAAAAUAUUUUUUAAUACCAAACAAAUAACCAUAAUUACAGGGUCCUCUGACUCUGAAAUAACCGUAACUACAGGGUACUCUGACCAUGAAACAACCGUAAUGACAGGGUACUCUGACCCUGAAACAACUGUAAUGACAGGGUACUCUGACCCUGAAACAACUGUAAUGACAGGGUACUCUGACCCUGAAACAACCGUAAUGACAGGGUACUCUGACCCUGAAACAACCGUAAUGACAGGGUACUCUGACCCUGAAACAACCGUAAUGACAGGGUACUCUGACCAUGAAACAACCAUAAUGACAGGGUACUCUGACCAUGAAACAACCGUAAUGACAGGGUACUCUGACCAUGAAACAACCGUAAUGACAGGGUACUCUGACCAUGAAACAACCGUAAUGACAGUGUACUCUGACCCUGAAAAACUGAGAUCAAUAGAAACAACCUAGUCUUGUAUGCAACCAAUAGCCUAGGCCAAGUAUUCCCAAACUGGGGUACGCAAAAUACCGUCGAGGGUACGUCAAAUAAAACAUUCCAAAAAAUCUAAAUAUAUAUUUUUUUCCUUCACAUUUUCAAACAGUCCAUUUAUAGAGGUUUUUUUCUCGCCUGAGUAGCCUUGUUUCACUGGCAAAAAUGAAAUUAAACCAUCUAGUGUUCAGCAUAAUAACAACACAAUGUCAAAUACAGGUAGCCUAGUCAAAUAAUUAACAUCCAAUCACAUUAACCGUUACUCUCUUGAUGGAAUUCCACUAGCGGUCCGUAUGUAGUCAAAUGUAGCUGCUGCUCAUUCCGUUUGCUCUAAAAUUGAUAAAUGGUUAAAAAAAGUAAGGACCGCAUCCAUAGAGACACAUACCAGCUCUACUGGUAGUAUUGCUACAACCAGCAGUACUACACCUACACCUGUCGACGACACAAGUUGUUCAAUUCAUCCAAUGCUAUCAUCAGUAAUUCUACAUUUGUUGUUAGCCCAGCUAGCAUGGACACUGACAGUUGUGAAUCUGAUGCAGCUGAAGAGCUACUGCCCCCUUACCUGGGAAAGCACCGAACAACAGACAGGGUCCAUGGACCAUCGAAGAUGUGCAAAUAUGAUGAGAACUAAAUUUAUUUGGAGUUCACUUAUAUUGGGAGUAGUGCCUUUCCUCAGCCGCAGUGUGUUGUAUGUGCAAAAGUACUAUCUCACAACUCGAUGAAUCCUUCACUCUUGUGCAGACAUUUAGAAACAAAACAUGCCAAUUUGAAAAAUAAGCCACAGGAGUUUUUUGAGCGAGAAUUAAGAUGACUUUUGAGUAGUAAGACAUGUAUAAAAGCAAUAGUUCCAUUAAUAAGAACAGCCUAGAAGUGUCUUAUAUGGUGAGCUACCGAGUGGCUAGGACAGGCAAGCCCCAUGCUAUUGAGGAGGACUUAAUUCUUCCUGCUGCUGUGGAUAGGGCUGGGACAAUGCUGGGGAAAAAGGCCAACAAAAAAACUAUACAGACAAUGACUUCAUCAAACAACACUGUUUCGCGACACAUCAGUGACAUGGCAGGAGAUGUCUUGAAACAAUUACUGCUUCGCAUACAAGCCAAUGAAUUCUAUGCAUUACAGCUGGAUGAGUCAACAAAUGUGGCGGACCUGGCACAGCUCCUGAUAAAUAUCAGUUACGUUUAUAAGGGGUCAUUAAGGAAGACAUCCUCUUUUGGAAACCAGGACAACAGGAGAGGAUAUAUUUAAGGUACUGGACAGCUUUG